GGUUAUCGGGAUCUUAAUUGAAUAAGUCGUCAAAAUGGGUGACACGCGUAAAAAGAAGUUUUACUUUAGAAAACGAAGAAACAAAUAUUUCUUGGAACCCGGCUUUCGUGGAUUCUUCUGCACGUGUAACUUCAGAGAGAAAGAAUGCGUGAAGGAAGUUUACAAUCUCUUAAAUGAAUAUGCUGGAAAGCUUUAUCCAGAUUUGGGGGCUGACCAAAUCCCCGAUGGUUCAGCGCCAGCCACACCCGAUGCUCGAUCCGAUAGUGAAUCUGAAGAUGAGCCUGAUAUCGGAGACUUACUAAAGAAAGAGGUCGAUUCCAUGAAAAAAAAUUCACAAAAGUCUCUAAAGCACAAAAGGUUUCAAGUGGUUGAAACUGGUGCAUCAAAUUGUAUCUUUAUUAAGACUAAUCUACCUAGCCCAGAAGAGGUGGCCACAGCUAUUAUCAAAGAUUUAUUUACUACAAGGGUACAAAAAACGCGACACGUUUUACGUCUUCUUCCUGUUAUGGCUACAUGCAAAGCUAAUUUGCCAGACAUUAUGGAAUGUGCGGGGAGGCUAUUUGACAAAUUUUUCUUAAAAGAAUCUGCAUCUUUUGCUGUUAUUUUUAACAAAAGAUUGAACAGCAGUGUUUCUAGAGAUUUAGUAAUCAAGGAACUAGCAGAAAUGGCUGUUAUGAAGAAUGCAGAUAAUAAAGCAGAUCUUAAAAAUCCUACUUUAUGUAUUGUUGUGGAAAUCAUAAAGGGGAUUUGUUUGUUAAGUAUUGUGGAAAACUAUUACAAAUAUAAAAAGUAUAAUGUUCAUGAAUUAACAAAAGACGAGUCUUCAAAUGAGUGUGAGGAAACACAAGCGAAAAAAUUCAAAAGUAAUCCAGAAGAAGGUGUGGCUCAGUAAAUUGAAUUUAUUUACUAUGUUAUCCUAUCAUAAGAUCGCUAAGUCUUUUAGGGACCCAAAAACCAUGUACCAAAAUUAUAUAUGUUUUAAAACUUCACUAAAUAAUCAUUGAUGUAUGUGC